UGAAACACUCUAUCUCACUCUCCCUACUUUCUGUGUCUGUGGAACCCAUCUGAAGAUCAGGAUGCUACGUUGUAGAGUGUGUGUCCUGGCUGUGCUGUUAUCUCUCCUCAUCCUCACCCUCAUCCCCUCCAUACAAUCAGCAGAUUGCUGUCUGAAGUACACUCGGCGUCCAGUGCCAUGCCGACGGCUGAAAAACUACACUUACCAGACCAUUACUUCUUCCUGUGACAUCCAUGCUGUCAUCUUCCACACUUGGAUGGACAAGUUUGUGUGUGCCGACCCCUCUCAAGACUGGACCAAGAGGGUACAACGCUGCCUGCUCAAGCGUCAGGAGAGGAAAUCUAAACUGAAGAAACGUCUCUGAUCUCAUGACCUCAUGACCUGGAGAUGAUUUAUGUGUGUGUGUUAUUUACCCUAUUUAUGCUUUACAAAUAUCUCAAUAUGCAUAGAGACACUGUUUCAGGAUGGUUCGUUUUUUAACCUGAGAUUUCCGUAUUCAUACAAAUCAUUUAAUAUCUGUCGUUAUUAUUGUUCAUCAUAUCUGUAUUGAUUCUGAAGGUGUUUGAGUUUCAUAUCAGUUUGUGUGUAACUCUAUGUAUCAAUGUUGUUGGUCUGUUUCAUAAACAGCAAGUGCAGUAUUCCUGAUAAACAUGAAAACAUCUGUUUUCACAGAGUACCACAAAAUAUUUUUGUGUUGUUUCAUAUCCUCUGUCCAAUUG